AUGGAGGGGAGAUUUGCGUUUAACGCUAUUAAAAGAGGUCAAACAGUUCGCUGUAUUAUUCAAGCAAAAGAAGUCAUUACUUCCUAUGUAAAAAAGGAUUGCUUUUUAUUAGUUUCAAACACAAAUUUUGAACAACUAAUCAUGAACCAACCGGAUUCUAUCAAAAGUUUUUCAUGGUUCAAUCUUGCUAAAAUAAAGAAUACAGGUGAUACUCUUUUAAUUUCAUUCGGCAAAAUGAAAUUUAAUUUUGUUUCUCCUCAAAUGAAUAAGCUUUACAAUGCAAUAUGCGAUAUUCUUCCAAGAAUUUUACUACCUACAGAACUGAAAUCUGCUGAGUUUAUCCCUGCAAAAGGUAUAAAUCCGCAACCAACUGGAAUUAGUUGUCUAAUUCGUCUUCAGGAAAAGUCAAACUCAUCACCAUCGAGACUAAGUGCAAGCACAUACUCAUAUUUCAAACGAUUUUUAACAUAUCAAGAGCAAAUUGCUUCACUUUCCAAAUUCCCUGACCCAACAAACGCAAUUCCAUUAAUUUUAGACUCAUUAUCUUUAUGUUCGAGCGUUAAAGAAAUUAUCAUUCCUUCUAUUUCACGAGUUGAUUCUUACGGAAAAAUUUGCAAUUUUAUUGCAGAACAAAGCAACGUAGAGCACAUCGAAGUUGAAGGUUCGAUCACAAAGAACUUUGAUAGAUACUUACAUAACAUUGAAGCCAACAAAAACUUAAAUUUAAAGGGAUUAACAUUUACAGACUCAAGAAUGACAGCGCGCAAUCUUGAGAUACUCUCAGAUACUCUCAAAGAGAAAGGUAUUACAAGCUUAGGUCUGAAACGUGCUGUUUCUCCGGAAUCAAACGAAUAUUUCUUGAAUACGUUUUUAGGUAAAAAUAUUGGCCAGCAAUUAUCAUAUCUCAACUUAGAUAAGACAUCAAAACCCGAUGUUAAGGCUAUUCUUCAAUUUUGUCCAAAUCUUCAAAUGUUAUCUUUGGCAAAUUGCAAUUUAGACAUUUCCCAAGUCGCAGCCAACCUCACAUCGAAACAAGCAGCUGGUCUGAAGUCAAUAAACCUCAGUUUCAACGCUUGUAAGUCUUCUACGCCAAGAUCUUUGAGAAUUUCGCCCACAAUUUGCCAUGUAAUGAUAAAUAGUGUCACAUGGGGCGAAAAGACACUUCCUGAGUUCAUCCAGACCCUUACUCAUAGUAAUAAACAAGGAUUACAUUUAUCUUUGUCAGAUGCUGACGCAACGACCGACGAAUGGAUCCGUUUAUUCUCAUACUUCAGACAGACCAAGUUUACCGGCCUCCAUUCUUUAGUUUGGACCUCAAAUCCAGUUCAUAACAGGUUAUUUGACUUUUUAGCUAAGAACAAAGAGCUUGUUCACCUUGACUUGAGUGGCUGCUUCAUCCAACAGGAGAAAGAACCCAUGCAAUCCUUCGCAAAUUACUUAUCUAAGUGCAAUACCCUUAAAUCUCUUAUUCUCAAGGGUAAUUCAACCUCUUUUAUGGGUAAUUUUGUCGCAAAUAUUUUAGUUGCUGUUGAAUCAGCCAAAACAAUUAAAUAUUUGGACAUCAGCGGAAAUAAAGGAGGAAAUGUCUCAAUUGACGCCAUUAGAACCUUGAUUAACGGCAGAUCUGCUAUAGAAAGCAUUGUUUUCGAUGGUUGUGAACCAGAAUCUCCUGAAUCUUUGAUGGAAUUAUUAAAUUCAUGCACGAAGAGCGUAACCAACGCUGCUGUCUCUUUCCCAGCAUCAGACAUCGAAACACUUCUUCACAGAGGAAAAAUCUCCCAAGAAAUGGUCGAAAAAGUGAAAUCAAAUCUUAUGUUCCAAUCCGCUCCAACCGCAUCUCCAUUUGAUGCUCCAUUUUACAUCUACCACGAUAACCCAACUCCCCAGUUCCCAAGUUAUCUUCGCGAGUCGAUUUUAUUUGUAUCCCCUCCUCCAGCCGAAGAAAUCACCGAAAUGUACACUCUUGACAACAUUGAGAUCGAAAAGGACAUAGCAGAAUCCAAGCCAAAGUCCAAGAAACCUCGCGCAAGUCGAGCAUCAAAUGUUGAGUCGAAUUCCCAAGCCGAUGGAGAGUCAACAACGAAGAAAAAGAAGAAGAAAACAAUUCGCAAGUCGAACACCAUUCUUCCUGAAGAUUCCCGCAAAGAAGAGCCAAUGCAUCCGAAAUCUUCUUCAGCAAGUCAAGGUAAAAAGCGGAAAACAGCGAAAUCCGAGACAAAAGAAGAAGACAAAGAUGUCAGUCUUGAAGAGAACCUCGAGUCCAUUCUCCCAGAUACUUCAGAACUUGGUGAAAUCUCCACAUAUGUCUUAGAUGUUCCCAGUGAAAAUGACAGCGAAGAUGACGACAAACCGAAGAAAGUAACGGUGAAGAAAGAGUCAUUUUCAUCAUCAAAGACAGCUGAAGGAGCAUCCCAGAAGAGCAGCAACGCAAACAACGAAGAAGAUCACAAGAAGAAGAAGAAAGUUUCAAAGAGAAAGAAGAAAUCAGUUUCUCACAGUUCUCAACUUCCUCCUCCUCAAAUUCCUCCUGUCCAAGCAAAUGAACAAACAACACAGCCUGCAAAUGGAGAUGAUGUUGACUGGAGAAUGCCUGUUCAAUACACUUUCUUCGACGGAAUGGAGAAGUUGUGGAGACACGCUAAUCUUAGAUACGGUCUUCAGGCAUUGCACAACGAACUUCACGCAAUGAGACCAGAAAAGAAGUAA